AUGCCCGACGCCGUAUCGAUCAAAAGUAGACCCCAUUUAGAUACAGUGAAGCGUCAGCUCCUCCAAGAUCCUGACUGGGCUACUGUCUGUGCAGCUCGUCCAUUAGAGAUAGCAUUCACCCCGGCUGAAGAGAUCGAGCAAUUCGGGAAGCGACGCAAAUUGAAUGACCGCGACAGAAAACGCCUGUCAGCUGCGCAUGGUCACUAUUCACUCUCAAGUCUUGCCACGUUAUGCCGGAAUGGCAGAGACGCUUCUCCGAGAAAAGUCGACUCGGACCAAAUCAAAAUCCGGAUCGACGGGCGUCCCGCCGGCCUCCACUCAGGCAGCCAAGGAAAGAGCACAAGUGUUCCUUCAUCGCAGUCAAUGCUUCUGGAUCACGAGACCUCUCAGAUUUCUCAUUCAUCCGCUCGGGAGGAGGAGAGUUUCCGCCCCGAAUAUGCGCGGGUGGCCAGAUCCAGCCGCCUCACUUUGCAGCCCAGCUACAACCAACCUAUGCUCGAGAAAUCUUUGGCAGGCAGGUAUCGCACAUCGGCGUUCGAUGUUACCGAGCCGCUCGACAACAUCAUCUCUGGGACCGCUCUAGAUUACCGCACUCUUUCUUGCAGCCCAGCAACAACUCUGGUGGCAUCACCUGCGCCAUCAUUAUCUCAUGUUUUGCCGGAUCGUGAAGACUUCAGCUGGCUGCCAAAUUCACAACAUUUCAAUGAUUCGAGCAGCCCCAAAUCGGGUCGUCUUCAUGCUACGAGCCUCCGGGGGUUUAAUGUUAACCGGUCUUCAUAUCCCAACUCCCCAGCACACCUAUUUCGAGAUUUCUCAACAACUGACAGUCUCCCGGAUCCUGUAAGGUUAUAUGGACAGCUUAUCAAUAUUCGUAAUCACGACAUUGUCGAGACUCUAUGA